AUGAAUAAAUACACAUUAAUUUUUAGGGAUGGAAAUACUGAAAAAAAAUAUUAAAAUUAGAAAAAAUAUGGACUAAAUAUAAUAAUUGGAGGAAUGGUUAUUAGUUUUAUCUUAAGGACCAUUAUGAAAGUAAUAAAUUUUGACUGGGUGAAUACAGGAAUAAAUUUUGGAGUUGUGGCUAUACUAAUUUUUUUGAGAAGCUAUUCAAAAUAUUACCUAUUAAAACGACUAAGCCUAAUAAUUGCAAAUUGUGGAUUAUCAAUUUUUACAUUUAUUUAUGAAGAACCUAGUAAUAAUAUGUAUUCUCACUUAAGAGGUGCAAAUAGUGCUUUAACUUCAUUAAUAAUUGUAUUGUCUGGUGAUUUUCCAGAAAGUGUAGUUUAAAUUAUAUUUAUAUAAGUAACAAAAGGAAUAUAUACAAUUUUAAAAAGCUCUUAAAAUGAAUAUGAAGUAUUAGCAGGUAAUGUAUUAAUAAUGAUAAUAUUAAUAUAUUAUUUAUAUUUUCAUCAUAAAGCAAUAAGAUCAUAAUAUUUAUUAACUUUAGUAGAAUAAAAAUGGGAAAAUGUAUUAGAAAGUAUUAUAGAAAAUCAAUCCUAUUUUAUUAUUAAUUUUAUUUAAGAUACUUAUUAAUUUAAAAUAUAAUCUUAACAUAAUUGUGAAUAAUAUUUUUAUGAUAAAGAUUAUAAAUCAUUUUUAAGACAAUCUUAAAUUGAAAAAUCUAAUUUAGAACAUUAUUUCUUUUAAUAAAUACAACUUCAUUUAAAUAAUCAUAACCCUAUUAAUUCAUCAAUUAUAUUUGUUAAAAAUUCUCUCUCUUUAUUCAAACUUAAAUAUUCUAUUUAUUUUACUACUUAACCCACUAUUUUAAUUAUAUUUGAAACGGUUUAAUAAUCAAAAAANAUAUAUAUGCUAUCAAAAUUUCUGAUUAAAGUGAGUAAUGAUCAAAAAGGAUACUUUUUAUAUUGUAACAUUUAAUAAAUUAUUUAUUCUUGCAAUAAUACUAUAUUUAAGAUUAUGUUAUUAAUUAAUUAUAAUAUUCAUGAAUAAAUACACAUUAAUUUUUAGGGAUGGAAAUACUGAAAAAAAAUAUUAAAAUUAGAAAAAAUAUGGACUAAAUAUAAUAAUUGGAGGAAUGGUUAUUAGUUUUAUCUUAAGGACCAUUAUGAAAGUAAUAAAUUUUGACUGGGUGAAUACAGGAAUAAAUUUUGGAGUUGUGGCUAUACUAAUUUUUUUGAGAAGCUAUUCAAAAUAUUACCUAUUAAAACGACUAAGCCUAAUAAUUGCAAAUUGUGGAUUAUCAAUUUUUACAUUUAUUUAUGAAGAACCUAGUAAUAAUAUGUAUUCUCACUUAAGAGGUGCAAAUAGUGCUUUAACUUCAUUAAUAAUUGUAUUGUCUGGUGAUUUUCCAGAAAGUGUAGUUUAAAUUAUAUUUAUAUAAGUAACAAAAGGAAUAUAUACAAUUUUAAAAAGCUCUUAAAAUGAAUAUGAAGUAUUAGCAGGUAAUGUAUUAAUAAUGAUAAUAUUAAUAUAUUAUUUAUAUUUUCAUCAUAAAGCAAUAAGAUCAUAAUAUUUAUUAACUUUAGUAGAAUAAAAAUGGGAAAAUGUAUUAGAAAGUAUUAUAGAAAAUCAAUCCUAUUUUAUUAUUAAUUUUAUUUAAGAUACUUAUUAAUUUAAAAUAUAAUCUUAACAUAAUUGUGAAUAAUAUUUUUAUGAUAAAGAUUAUAAAUCAUUUUUAAGACAAUCUUAAAUUGAAAAAUCUAAUUUAGAACAUUAUUUCUUUUAAUAAAUACAACUUCAUUUAAAUAAUCAUAACCCUAUUAAUUCAUCAAUUAUAUUUGUUAAAAAUUCUCUCUCUUUAUUCAAACUUAAAUAUUCUAUUUAUUUUACUACUUAACCCACUAUUUUAAUUAUAUUUGAAACGGUUUAAUAAUCAAAAAAUAGAAAUAUUCAUUUACUUUAUAAUAAAAUUAUAUUGUAUUCAAGGAUUUUAUAAAGAGUUAUCAAUAACAAUACUAUAAAUGCUAAUAAACUCACUAAGUUUUCAAAUUUUUUAAGGUUAGAAUCUGUAUUGUAUAAAUUAGAAAAAAGAAAAUAUUCAAUACAUUAGAUAAAUUUAAAGCGAUUUCUUGAAAGAUUCGGAUUAAACUAAGAUUCUAACUUUGAUAUUUUUUGUAGAGAGAUUUAGUUAUAAACAAUACCUUGUAUAUUAUGUGCUCUAAUUUUGAUUAUAAAAUAUUACUCAAAAUCUGCUCCUAAAAUGGCUAAUUUAAGCAAGGGUAUCUCAUAUCGCUAUUAUGAGGAAUCAACAUCCACUAUCAAAUUAAUUCUGCGUGGGAACUUUUAAACUAAUAAAAUUUGUUAGUUGAUCUAGGAGUAUAAUGUUUAGUUUUUGGCUAUAAUUAAUCAGUUCCAAAUGUAAAAUAAUCAAAGCAUAAUAAUUACUUUGAAUAAGGAAGCCUUUAUUCCAUUUCGGCUAACAAGAACUGAAGAAUGACC